GUACAUCAUCGUGGGCCCGCCGGCCCACACUCGAUUCCAGGGCCGCUCAAUUCAAUCCACUGUAACAUCUGAACUCCAAACCGUCAGAAGCACUUUGCAGCGCUUUUGGCCAAUACGCCAUAUAUACUCUACUCUGUAUGCGCACGUUUCCAAGCCAAAGAGCCACACCCGAACCUCCACCCCAUAACGUCACGCCUCUGCAGAAACCCCCAAAAUGCGUCUCCAACACUCCGCCAUCGACCGUAAACACGGGACCGGCAGCGCCACCCUCAUCCCCGAAGAACCCGAAGACAUGUGGCACGCCUACAACCUCAUCCAAACCCACGACCUCCUCCGCGGCCGCGCCGUCCGCAACCUGAAACAGGAAAUCGUGACCGGAGCCCGCACAACCAAGCAAGUCGUCAUGGAUCUCACCAUCAGCGUCGUCUCGACCGACUUCGACAUAAGCUGCGGGCAGCUACAUGUUGCGGGGCGUGUGGCCGUGGAAAACGACCAUGUGAAGAAGGGGUCCCAUCACACCCUGGAUUUGGAGCUCAAUCGCAAGUUUACCUUAACCAAGGGGGAAGAUCCCAAGGGCGGCGUCUGGGAUAGUGUGGCUUUGGAGAUGUUGAGGGAGGCAUGCGAUACGGAGCGGAAGGCGGAGAUCUGGGCCGUGGUCAUGGGUGAGGGUGUCGCCAACAUCUGCCUCAUAACGGAGCAUCAGACGAUAUUACGGCAGAGAGUCGAAGUUGCGGUGCCGAGGAAACGAAGAGGUGGGAUCGAUGGCCAUGACAAGGGAAUGGAGAAGUUCUUUUCGACGACAUUGUCGACGCUGUGGAGACACAUAGAGAGCGCGCGGACCAGCUCGACCGAUCCGGGAAAAACGGUGCCGUUGCUGCUUGCGAGUCCGGGUUUCGUGGCACAAGCCUUCUUGCAAUACAUUAAGACUGAGGCUUCGAGGACAAUGAAUAAGGCUCUGCUGGCCCUGAUACCUUCCAUACUGAUUGCACACGCCUCAUCGCACCAUGUACACGCGCUGAAGGAGGUAUUGUCGUCACCCGCAAUCCAGUCGAAGCUGUCGGAUACCAAGUUCGCACGGGAAACGGCGCUGAUGGAUCAGUUGACGAGCCUUCUGCGCGCAGACGAUGGCAGAGCAUGGUAUGGUCCUCGGGAAGUUGAGCGUGCCGUAGAAAAGGGGGCAGUGGGACGCGGGGGAGGCGUGCUGUUGCUCUCAAACGCACUAUUCAGAGCUCAAGACGUGGCAGAGCGGAAACGCUGGGUUCGGCUUGUCGACCGAGUCAGGGACGUUGAAGGUGGUGAAGUUAGGGUGUUGAGUAGUCUGCAUGAGAGCGGCAAGAGGCUCGAAGGGCUGGGGAACGUGGCUGCAAUAUUGACCUUUCCUUUGGAGGAUCUUGACGAGGAGGAAGACCAAGAACACGCGGAAGGAGAAGCAGAUGAAGGAGAGCAAAUGGUCAUUUAGUCAUUAAGGCAUUUAGAAGCGGAGUUCGAUACCCAAUCCAUUUGAGGAAGCAAUGUUGGAGUACUAGGCACCCAUUCUGCAAGCUUUGGCCUACAAAAGCAUACAGCAAGAGGCGAGCAAUUCGGCUCACAGGCAAAUGUAGCCCAU